AUAACACAGUGAAGGGAUGUAGUUCCAUUAGAUUUCUCAAACUUCAAACAGUUCACUGCAUGAAUGAAGUUAAGUUGUGUGAAUUCCCUUUGCUAUGACCAAUAUACGAUGUAAUCUGUCAUAUUCAUGACUUGUAAUUGUGCAAUACUCGAAUGUAACUCAUUAAGCAUAAAUGUGCAUUUUAUGAAUUGCGCAGGCUUACAAAGCUUGCGUAACAUCCAGCGAAAGACAAAAAAUAGUUCCACAGGGCUCCAGAUAAGAUGCGUAUUAGCGUAAAUUACGUAUAGAAAUAAUGCAAAUACGCAUGUCUAAUAAUUUCUAAGCGUAUAAAAACGUAUAUAAAAUUACAGAAAUGCACACAAUGCUUUUUUAAAAACAAAAUCUGAAUCGUCUGGAUGCGUUAGGUAACAUAGCCGAUCCCGAUCAGCCUUAAUUCUCCCACAUUGAACGUAUACACGCAUCGUAUGAUUUCUAUAAACUUUGCAUGGGUUUCUACACACACACAUGAAUUUUGCAGUCAGUAAACGGAUAAAUUAUCGGAAGAAGAAGCUCUUACUGGUUUGUUUAGUUACUACAGAUGUUAAAAAUGAUUUUAAUUCUUUUUUUCUCAAGAAAUAAACAAAUCGGCGAAACAUUAAAUUGUAUUUUCUUGUAGUUUUUGAAAUCAAAAGUAGAUCGUCUAUGUUUGGCUGCUUUCACGAAACGAAACAACUUUUUUAUGAAAAGAUUUAAAUAAGAGGUAAUUUAACUGUAAACUUCAAUGUCAGAUACUGCCAAUUGCUGCUAAAUGGCUUCGUAUCAUCACAAUUUGUAAAAUAUAUUGUUGAAAAUGGAGAAAAGUGUAAUCGUAUCCGGAUAUAAUAUUUUGGGUAAAUAUCGAGCUGUGUUAUGAAAUUUUAACAUUCAUGUAACAUACAUGAUAGAUAUUAUUGUAACAGAAAUGAUUCUAGAAUUUAUUUUUAUUACACCUACAUAUAAUCUAUGUCAGACUGGUAUUCUAGUCCUGAGGCAUGAUCUGAAAGUAAAAAGAUGAAGUGACAGUCAUACUUUGGAUAUUGUAAUACUAGAAAGAAUCUAGAUCGUAACCUUUCUGGAAUUUUGACUGGUUUGGAUAAUUUGCUUACGAUUCAGGUUCGCAAAAAAAUGAAACCGUCACCCAUUCUGCUUUUCAUGAUGACACAUGGAUUGAUUUUUGCAGUCAGUAAGGGGAUAAAUUAUCCCGAGAAAGAGCUCUUACUGAUUUGUUUAAUUACUACUGAUUUUAAAAAUGAUUUUAUUUCUUAUUUUUCGAGAAAUAAACAAAUCGGCGAAACAUUAAAUUGUAUUUUCUUGUAGUUUUUGAAAUCGAAAGUAGAUCGUCUAUGUUAGAGUGCUUUGACGAAACAAAACAAUUUUUUUUAUGAAAUGAUUUAAAUAAUUUCACCGUAAACUUCAAUGUCAGAUAUCAAUUCCUGCUAAACUGUCUUCAUAUCACCACAAUUUGUAAAACAUAUUGUUGAAACUGGAGAUUUUGGCGGUAUAAAAGAAAGUGUAAUCAUAUCCGGAUAUAAUAUUUUGGGUUCAAGCUCUGUUAGCAGGAGAGAAGUCAGUUCUCAAGGUGAUAGACUGGGUACCAGCAAUGAAUGUACUGCCUCUCCUGAUUGGAUGUCUGUUGCUGGAAUGGACCAAUGGUGUCUCAGUAACUGUAAGGAGGGAAAUGAUCCUGACACUUGUCCUGAAAGUUAUUGUACUUGCCCAGAGAUUCUUGAAACAACAUCAGUAACAACAGUGUCUGCCAACAACCUAGAGAGCAGUUGUAUAAAAUGGGAGGCCACAGUAGCAUGGUCAGCUGUACGAGGUAUGAAUUCCUGGUGUCAGAGUUCAUGUUCCCUUGGUGGAAUGUGUCCUGAAUCAUACUGUCUGUGCAUAGAAAGUUUACCAACCACAACUACAGUAUCAUCAACGUCCUCGACACCUACAGCAUCUUCAACAACAAGUACAUCUGCAACUUCAACUGCUCCAACAACAACUAAUACACCAACAACUUCAACUACUUCAACAAGUACACCAUCAACUUCAUCAACAACAACUACAACUACUUCAACAACAAGUACACUUUCAACUGCUCCAACAACAACAAGCACACCAACAACUUCCACUACUUCAUCAACAAGUACAUCUUCAGCUACAACAACAACAAGCACUCCAUCCACCUUGACUCCUUCCACAACAGCAACAACUCCAACAAGUACACCUUCAUCCUCAACAACAAAUACACCCACUAUAUCAUCCACAACUGCUUCUACUUCUGCAUCAUCCACAAGUUCAACUUCUGUAACAACAUUAGCUGUCCAAGUUGUGAACAUUACAGACUCUCAGGCUGUGGUAAGCCAGGUGGUGUGUGACCAUGCAGACAGUCUGAACCAAAAUCUACUCACUGAUAGAUACUGCAGUCAGCAAGCUGCAACUGUCAUUACUGGAUAUAACUCUGGAAUUCUGGAUCAAGUUCUAAAGUUUGCUCCAAAGAUCUUGUGUUCUUUGACAAACUCUGCCGGCAGGUCUGAUACAUGCCCUAACAUGUUCUGUGGGGAAAGUCCACUAUCUCAGCAGUUGAUCAGGUCAAGUCUGUGCAGUGUUUGCCAGCAAUUCUCAGAUACACUCGCCCCUAGCUGUGCCACUGCUUACUGUUCAUAAUUUAAACAUGGCAUGUAUUCGUUCAUUAGCAUAUUAAAGGACUAGAAACCUCACGGAAAACAGUAGAUUUCCCUACUUAUACGUAAUUAUACAAAAUUCACUUGUUAACUAAAUAAGAAAACAAGAAAAACAAAGAAACAGACAUUUUAUAACUAUAAAGAUGUUUUCAGAAUAAAUUUUUAUCAUUAAGUGGUAUUUCAAAAAAAGUAAAAUCUCUUUGAAAUCA